GUGACAGCUCAGAGCUGUCCACGUCAACACACCGAGCGAGCACGGCGGCAGCGGCAGCGAUGGACUCCACGUCUCUGGAACCUUCCCUCUACACAGUGAAAGCUGUUUUCAUUCUUGACAAUGAUGGCAACAGACUUCUGUCAAAGUACUAUGACCCUGAGCUUUACCCCUCCAUGAAGGAACAGAAGAACUUUGAGAGGAACAUUUUCAACAAAACACACAAAGCAGACAAUGAGAUAGCCUUCCUGGAGGGGAUGACCAUCGUCUACAAGAGCAGUAUAGAUCUCUUUUUCUAUGUGGUGGGAAGUGCUCAGGAGAACGAGCUCAUGCUGAUGUCAGUACUCAACUGCCUGUUUGAGUCCCUCAAUCAAAUCCUCAGGAAAAAUGUGGAGCGGAGGUGUUUAUUGGACAACAUGGAAGGAGUGUUUCUGGUUGUGGAUGAAAUCAUUGAUGGAGGGAUAAUUCUGGAGAGUGACCCCCAGCAGGUCCUACAGAAGGUCAACUACAGGGCGGAUGAAAACCCCUUAUCUGAACAAAGCGUGGCCCAGCACAUAACAGAGAAACUGGCUCUGACCACUAACGUUCUGCAGACGGCUAAGGAGCAGAUCAAAUGGUCCAUACUGAAAUGACUCGGACCAGACACAUUUUUCAAGAAAACAUUUUUUAGUCCCAAAGCUAUUUUUUUAUAGUAACACUUUAAAGGGAAGGUCGUUACUGGCCCUGUUGGCCAAUAGGCUUAUAGCUUUACAUAGCCAUUAACCAGCCAGUAAUAGGAUUAUGAUUCUAUGUGUAAUGGCAUUUUGUUACAUUGUGUGUGACGUGAUUAAUUUAUUUAGUUUGGGAGUGAUGUUAGUUGAUACUCUUGUAGAUUUGUCAUUUCUAAUGACAACAAUGGCAUGAGGAGAUGAAGGGAGACGUGAAGGCUGAAGGCAUAGUGUCCAGCUGUGCCUCUGUAGAAGACAAUUAAUGAAAAUACUGGAAAGCUUAUUAGUGAUCAAUAAUCUAUUCUAUGCUUUUAUUUUGGUGGAGCAGGAUUUUCCACUCUUAUUUAAUCAAAUCAGAAUAUAACUGGGAUUUAUUUUUUGUUUGCAUAUCGCUUAAAUACAAAUUUUGAAAAUUACGUAGUUUUAUACAUGAUGUACUUUUGUUUUUGUUACACAUGCAAAUAAUUUUGGAAUGAUCAGCUGAAACAUUCUUAUGUAUUUGAUGAUAAUCUGGAAAAUAAGUAAAUAAUACAGACAGAAGGAAACAAAAACACGACUGCAACAAAUAUCCACAAAUUCAAACUAAAAAGCUGAAUAGCACACAAAAGACAUUAAUUGUAUAUUUUGUACCGUGUUAUUUAAAACACAAACUGAGCAAUUCAUUGCACAAAUGAUGUCAGUCUAAUAAAGUCCUUAAAUGACGAGGGGUGGGAAUCACCAGAGGCCCCACUGUAUACUAUUGUUUAAAAUACUUAGGCCAUGAUACAAUAUCAAUGCAAUUUUAAAUGUUUUGCAAAAUGCUUAGUAUAUCAAAAACAUAUAUCAUGAUCAGUUGUAAUUUACUACUUUUUUUCAACUGCAAGAAAAAGAAAAAAUUGUCAACAUCUGUUUUAUCUAAUAAUAUAAAGUUUUCAUCUUAUGUCAGUCUUUUUAAUUGCAGAAAAAAUGAUUCUAGUGGACUGCAAAAGUAAUUAAAAAAAUUCUAAUAGGCUACCAAAAGUACUAAUAAUUAAUAAUAAAAAGUUACUUUGUGUGCAUGUAUUGAUAUGAUAUUGCCACACCAAAAUAUUGCGAUAUGCUUUACCAACCCCCACCCACCCCCCCCCACCUCUAUAAAAUGACGGAACCAGUACAUUUUUUUAAAGCUUAUUUUAAUUUGUAGAGGAAUGUAAUAAUGCCUUAUGACACUAAACAAAUGUUCCAGCUCCAUGUGUAUGAGGAAACACGUUACUGUUGCACUGAAAGCAAAAUCUUUAUUUCCCUUAAGGUGGAAUUCCCUCAUUAAGGUACAUUAUAUAGUAUAGUAUAGCAUUUGUACAUAGAAUUGAUUGAAGAGUCAAAGGGACCUUGAAGAGUCUAUUUUCUGAGAGAGAAAGGUGUUCAUAGAUAUUAAAUAUUUUCUUAGUGGGAAAGAGGAAAAAUCAACCAAAGACAUUUUGUUUACAUUUGGAUGUUGUCGAAGCAGACUGCCAUUGUGUCUGAUGUAUGGCGUUUUGUCUCUCCACCGUUUCUGACACUGAUAAUAAAAUAUUUGCUCUGGA